CAUAUUAUAACUCGAUCAGUUUGCACGCACCAAACACAUGGCCGAGUUUUAGUUGACUCCCAUGUUCCACCAGUAGUACAUAAUCCCCGGCAAUGGCGGCUCAAGAAGAGCGACCCCAUCACCAGCCUCCUCCGCGACUCCGGGGGGCCUCCAAUCAUCCACCCUACCGCCGUCAUCCACCCCGAGAUUUAUGGGUUCGGAAGGAUCGAUGGCGGCCGAGGAAGCCCACCUCGGAGUCGGGGACUCCAAGAACCCCGGCGUCGAUGGCGUGACGGCCGGUGACGGCGGCGGCGGCGGCGGGCAUGGGAGGGGGCCCCCCGGGAACAAGCUGACCCUGGUCCCGCUGAUCUUCCUCAUCUUCUUCGAGGUCGCCGGCGGGCCGUACGGCGCCGAGCCGGCGGUGCAGUCGGCGGGGCCCCUGUACGCGCUGCUGGGGUUCUUGAUCUUCCCCUUCAUCUGGGCGAUCCCGGAGGCGCUCGUCACGGCCGAGCUGUCGACGGCGAUGCCCGGGAACGGCGGGUUCGUGGUCUGGGCCGACCGCGCGUUCGGGCCCUUCUCGGGGUCGCUGAUGGGCACGUGGAAGUACGUCUCCGCCGCGAUCAACGGCGCCGCGUUCCCGGCGCUCUGCGCCGACUACCUGGAGCGCAUCGUCCCGGCCGUGUCCGGCGGCGGCCCGCGCGUCGCGGUCAUCGUCGCGUUCAACGCCGCGAUCUCGGUGCUCAACUACACCGGGCUGAGCAUCGUGGGGUGGACCGCCGUGGCGCUCGGCGUCGCCUCGCUGUCGCCGUUCCUCCUCAUGUUCGGCGCCGCGCUGCCCAAGAUCCGGCCGCACCGGUGGGGCGCCACCGCCGUCCCGGGCGGCAAGGACUGGCGCCUCUUCUUCAACACGCUCUUCUGGAACCUCAACUACUGGGACAGCGCCAGCACCAUGGCCGGGGAGGUGGACCGGCCCGGGAAGACGUUCCCGGCCGCGCUGCUCUCCGCCGUCGCCAUGACCACGCUCGGCUACCUGCUGCCGCUCAUGGCCGCCACCGGCGCCAUCGACGCGUCCCCCAGCGACUGGGGCAACGGCUUCUUCGCCGACGCCGCAGGGAUGAUCGGCGGGCGGUGGCUCAAGUACUGGAUCGAGGUGGGCGCCGUGCUCUCCACCAUCGGGCUCUACUCGGCGACGCUCAGCAGCGCGGCGUUCCAGCUGCUGGGCAUGGCGGAGCUGGGCCUCCUCCCGCGCGCCUUCGCCCUUCGCGCGCCGGCGUUCCGCACGCCCUGGGUCGGCAUCCUCGCCACCGCCGCCAUCACCCUCGCCAUGUCCUUCUCCAGCUUCAACACCAUCGUUGCCUCCGCCAACUUCCUCUACAGCCUCGGCAUGCUGCUCGAGUUCGCCGCCUUCCUCCGCCUCCGCGCCGCCCGCGCCGACAUGGCCCGCCCCUACGCCGUGCCGCUCCGGGGCCUGCCCGCCACCGCCGCGCUCUGCCUCGUCCCCUCGGCCUUCCUCCUCUUCGUCAUGGCCAUCGCCGGCUGGAAGGUGUACGUCAUCAGCGCCGUCUUCACCGCCACCGGCGUCGCCGUCUACUACCUCAUGGGCCUCUGCAAGGCCAGGAGGUGGCUCCAGUUCACUGCCCCCGCCGACGGCGAGGCCGCCGCGAUGAUGUACCGGCGCCAGGGGAGCACAGCCAGUCAGGUGUGAGGAUCGUCGACGUCGACGCCAUUGAUGUAUUUGUUCAACUUCUGGGUGUAAUUUGGUAGGAACUAAGUUUCUGUAGCAAUCUUAGUCGUAGCUGCUGAUCAAUUCAGGAGUUCCAUGUUUGAUCAACAAAAUGGGCUGGAUUACUUUGAAAUUUAGGCUCCCAUAGUUUCGUUUUUAGAGGAAAAAGCGAAAAUGUGUUUUGCAAACGAAAAAUAAUUUCUAGGUAAAACUUUUAUAUACAUGUCCAUAGCAACUCAAAAACGAAAUGUGUAAAACAAACCACAGUGAAACAAUCACAAAAGCUUAUAAACAGUUGCAACUGUGAAACGAUGGGAUAAGUUAA